CCAAUAACUCAUUUGACAGUUCGCAAUGUAAAUAUAAAAAGUCGGGAAAAUUUCAUUAUUUCAAAAUGGCAUUUGUCGUAAAAUCCAUAAAAACCGUCAGAACACAUUGGAAGAAGUCCACAUUCGGUGCUGUAUGCUUUUAUUACGCCGUUAGUUACGGAAAAAACUAUGUCGAAACCAAAAACUUAAUGACUGUAUAUUGCGAAAAGGCUGCUCAGUACGGACGACAACCAAUUCCACUUCACGUCAAUCCGCGUCACAUUACAAUUGUACUAAAUCCAAAUGCAAAUAAACGAAGUGCUUCGGACGACUUUAAAAACUACUGUGCUCCAUUGUUGCAUUUAGCUGGUAUUGCUGUGGAUGUGAUAAAAACUGAAUCUGAAGGCCAUGCCAGGGACCUGAUGCAAGAUCUGAAAACAACAGAUGCUGUUGUUGUGGCUGGUGGUGAUGGGACUCUAUCAGAAAUUGUGACAGGUUUACUUCGAAGAACACAAGAGAACACUUCUAAUUUGGUACCAAUUGGUAUUUUACCACUUGGAGGUACCAAUUCAGUUGCAAAAUCACUGUUUCCUGUGGGACCAAAACUUGAAAAUGUAAAAAGAAUAGCUGAAGCCACAAUGGCUGUAAUUGAAGAAGUAGUGAAGCCAGUAGAUGUUAUGAAAAUAGAAGUUUUUGACAAUUCAACAGGAGAAAAAGUUGGUAAACCAGUGUAUGCCUUAAACAGUAUAAAAUGGGGUGCAUUUAGGGAUGCAGAAGUAAAGAAAGAGAAGUACUGGUACUUUGGUAAACUCAGGAAUUACGUUACUUAUUUAUUUAACGGGUACAAAAAUAGUUUGUCAUGGAAUUGUGCAGCACAAGUGAAUUAUAGUGUACCCUGUGAAGGUUGCAAACAUUGUGUACAAGUUAAAAAUGAUCAGCCUAAGAAAUGGUACCAGAAAUUCCAAAGGGAGGCAGAUCCCAAUGCAAAAUACUUAGCUGUAGACAAUCCCGCAUGUGAAGAAGUGCAUGAAAAGAAAAUUUCUACUUCAGAUCUAGCUCUUUUAACUUCAAAUGCAAUUCCCAGUAAUUUAAGUGAUCCACGAAUUCCAAAAUUGCAAUUAAACAUUGGUCCCGACGCCCCCGAAUAUUUAUCUUUUGUCAAACAGGGUUGGGGUCAUGAAAAUGGCAAGGGAAGAAUUAUACAGGAAGUUAUUGAAGCAAAAACAAUUGAAAUUAACCCAGAAGUCGUGUCAAAUGAUGAUGAUGAGAAAUGGUUUUCUAUUGACAAUGAAAAUUAUGAAGUUAAACCAAUUAAAAUUACAUUAUUACCAAAAGUUAUAAACAUGUUCUGUAGAAAAGAAAUGGCAUAGUAAAGAGUUAUUUUAUUAAAA